GCAAUUUUGCUGCGAGGGGAAUACCUUUUACAAGACUGUCAGACUUUGAGCGCUAUGAAAGCAAAGUUUACUGAAGUUGACCGGUUGUGCGUCAACUCCAUCCGUUGUCUUUCUGCUGAUCUACCUUCUGCUGCCAGCUCUGGCCAUCCAGGCGCCCCUUUGGGCUGUGCUCCUAUUGCACAUAUAUUGUGGUCUAGACACAUGAACUUUAGUCCUUCUAAUCCGAAAUGGUUCAACCGUGAUAGAUUUGUUCUUUCUAACGGGCACUCUUGUGCGUUAUUGUACGUGAUGCUAUAUUUAACUGGUUACGACUUAUUUCUCGAUGACUUGAAAGCAUUUAGAAAAUUAGGCAGUAGGACGCCUGGGCACCCUGAAGCUUUUGUUACGCCUGGCGUGGAAAUCACCACGGGCCCCCUUGGACAAGGGAUCGCCAGCGCUGUGGGGCUUGCCAUGGCUGAAAGACACUUCGCUGCUCUUUUUAACAAGACCGGUUAUGCCAUCUUUGAUAACACCAUUUAUGUUCUUGUCGGCGACGGCUGCCUCCAGGAAGGCAUUAGUUCCGAAGCUAGUUCGCUAGCAGGUCACUUGAAGUUGGGGAAUCUUGUAGUGAUUUAUGACGCCAAUAGCAUUACAAUAGAUGGCGAUUGUUGCCUCUCGUUUACUGAAGAUGUUGCUGCUCGCUACCAGGCGUAUGGCUGGCACACUAUAUUUGUAGAAGACGGCAACGAAGAUUUCGAGUCGCUGGAUGCUGCUAUCGAAGAAAGUAAACUCAUAGAAGACAAGCCGGUAUUAAUCCUAGUGAAGACCACUAUAGGCUACGGCUCCGCAAAACAAGGAACCCAUGAAGUUCAUGGCACUCCUUUAAAAGCAGAUGACUUGGCCUCUUUAAAGAUUAAAAUGGGCUUCGAUUCACGAGAUACUUUUUUUGUUCCGGAAAAAGUGAAGACUUUUUAUGAAAGUGUCCGAGAGGCGAAUUUAGAAAAGGAGCGCGCGUGGAACAAAACUUUCAAAGAGUAUAAAGCGAAGUAUCCGGAGUUAGCAGAAGAGCUGGAAAGACGGCUAAGAGGUGACCUUCCCUCCGCGUGGAAAGAUACCCUCCCCUGCUGGACACCCGACGAUGGGUCUCUUGCCACCAGACAGGCCUCCCAAAAGAUUUUAAAUGCGCUGUCGAGGAUUAUUCCAGAAAUUGUGGGCGGUUCUGCCGACUUGACGCCCUCAAACUUGACCUUUCUGGAGUGUAGCUACGAUUUCCAGGCGGGCUCUUAUGGCGGCCGGUAUAUUCGCUUUGGAAUUCGUGAGCAUGCAAUGGCAGCCAUCUUGAAUGGUAUGGCCGCUUACGGUGGUUUAAUUCCAUUUGGAGCAACAUUUCUUAAUUUUAUACAAUACGCGUUGGGAGCAGUGCGACUCUCCGCGCUUAGCCAUUUACGAGUAAUAUACGUCUUGACUCACGAUAGCAUUGGCCUUGGAGAGGAUGGCCCCACCCACCAACCUAUAAAUGCGUUAGUCAUGCUCCGUGCCAUGCCUAACAUAGUAACCCUCCGUCCCUGUGACGGGAACGAGACAUCCGGAUCUUAUGCGGUCGCCUUGGAAAACUUUGACCGACCCACUGUCUUGGCCUUGAGUCGUCAGCCUUGCCCUCAUAUGCAAGGUUCCAGCAUGGAUUUAGUGAGAAAAGGAGGCUACGUCAUUUACGACUCCUUACACCGUGCAAACAUUGUGUUCGUGGCGUCGGGCUCCGAAGUUUCUCUCUGCGUACAGGCAGCAAGGUCCUUGCCAUUUCCUGCUAGAGUAGUUUCAAUGCCGAGCACUGACCUCUUCGACGAGCAGCCUUUAGAGUACAAGUUGUCCAUAAUUCCAGAGGGUGUACCUGUUUUAAGCUGCGAGGCAUUAUCUACUAAAGGAUGGCACGAGUACUCGCACGUCCAACACGGUAUGACUACCUUCGGGAGAUCUGGCCCUUGCUCCGAUGUUAUGAAUUACUUUGGUUUUAAUGUAGAAGUUCUUUGCUAUAAAGCACAGAAAACUGUUGAAUUUUAUUCUGUAAAUCCGGUCCCGUCUUUGUUUAAUAAGCCAUCAUUCGUUUAA